AUGAAUAAUUUAUUAGAUUUAUUUAAUCAUAUUCAACAAGAUUUAAUUAAAAAACAAAAAUUAUUUGAAAUCGAACGAGAAGAUGCACAUAAUUCAAUUAAUCAAGCAUUUAAUAAAAUAUUUGAGCAAUUGAUUGAAAUUCGACGAUUUUGUCGAAAUGAUAUUGAACAACAAACAUUAAAUGCACAAAUUGAAUUACAACAAAUGCUUGACGCUAUACAUUAUAUGCAAACAAAAUGUCUUAUGUAUCAUGGAAAUACAUCCGAAACAUUUGAUUUAUUUUCAACUGAAGUAGAAAAAUGUACUGAACGAUUGUCAAAAGUUGUUCUUUCACCUGCACGUGAUCUUGAUAAUUUAUUAUCGUAUUUAACAGCAUCAUUUUCUUCAAUAUCUUCAAAUUAUCUACCAGAAACGCCAAUAUCAUCAUCAUUAGAACCUAUAUCAAAUCAAAUUAUUAAAAUAAAUCCUAAUGUUUCAUCAUCAACAGGAACAAUUGAUUCAGGCAAAAAUAGUGAUCAUAGUUGUAAUAAUAGUAUUGGUGUAUUAAAUGUUAAUAACUUAAGUAACUUUAAAUUUGGUCAAAGUAUUAUAUUAGCUUAUCCAUGUGAUAUGAUUGCAUCAAAUGGACGUACUAUACUUUCAUAUGUUAUUGAAAAAAAUUUUCUUAAUUAUUCAACUGUAUCUGGUAUUAAUUUAUCAAGUAUUAAGGUUUAUCGUUUAUUAGCACCAAUAACAGCAAAUAAUACUCGACUUUGGGAUAUAACUUGGUGUCCGUGGAGUAAAUUUUAUCUUAUUGUGGGUAAUUUAGGUCUUUAUUCACUUUGUUAUCCAUAUGAUACAAAUCCAUAUACAAAUGAACAUUUACCACAAGUAAAUAAAUUAAUUAGUUUUCGUGGUUUAUCAUUUCAACAUGUACGUAUAUCAUCACAUUUAAAUGGUUGGUAUAUUUAUAUGGUUGAACAUCAAAGUGUGUCAAUUGAUUUAUAUGAUCGCCGAUCAGGUCAACGUUUACAUCAUUAUGAUAAUCAUAAUCAACAUGAUUUAAUUCCACUUGGUUUUCAUGGUUUUUGUUUAAAUAAAAAAUUAUUUGCUAUUGUUAAAAAAACCGAAGUUCUAUCAACAAUAAAUAAUCCACAUCAAACAAAAAAUGAACAAAAUAUUCAAGUUUAUUUUUUUGAUCUUGAAACAAUGUUGUGUAUACAACAAAUGUCAUUAUAUCAUUGUUCAAAUGUUUAUGAUAUAAAAUGUUGUUAUGAAGAAAAUAUCUUUAUGAUACUUGCUGAACCUAUGCAACUUAUUCUUAUUAAUUUAGAUACAAAUGAAUUAAUAAGAAAAAAAUUAUUAGAUGAAGGAAAACAUUUAUGUGUUAUUAAUGAUCAUGAAGUAUUUAUUCUACGUUCAGAAUGUUCUAUUCAAACACUUCAAUAUCGAAAUAGUAAAUAA